CGGGGUCGGUGAGUAAAAAACCAAAGGAAAGAAAAAGAGUGUAAAAAUGAGGGGCAGUAAAAAAGAUCGGAGCGAAAGCGAAGAGUUCUCUGUUCACUAAACUCAAAUGAGCCACGACUCGUUCGAUGCUUUGAUCUCCUAAAAAACCUACCUUUUGACCACCUUGCUCGACAGUUUGUUACCUAAUUUACUCGCUCUCUCUCUUCCAACUUUUUAAUUAUUUUUAUUUUUAUUUUAUUUUGACAAAUAUUUGGGGGGCUUUUGUUUCCCUUUUGAAAGGGAAAAUUUUUAAAAUUUUUAUUUUUUUCUUGCUGCGUCUUUGGCUACUGCGUAUAUCGACAUGACCACUCAAUAAAAAACCCUAAUUUUCUCUCUCUUUCUUUUCUUUCUGCACACUCUUUUGAGUUCACAGAGAUAAAACGAAGAACAAAAAGGGAGGGACAUAGGAGGAGGAAUCAAGGGUGGGAUAUAUGUCCUUCAAUCAACCAAGGUCCGAUAAAAGCGAGCAACAAUACCGAAAAUCCGGGCGAUCCGCCAGCUCUAAUCAGCAGCGGACCUCCUCAGGCGCUUACGGUAAGGGCGCUGGCGGCGGGCCCGCCCCUUCACCGCCUCUUUCUUCCUCUUCUUCUUUAUCUUCCAGUCGAAGUUUGAAGAAGUCUAACAAUGCACAAGGAGGGCAAUCUAGGGUAAAUUCACCGGCUGUGAAUCCUUCGGAGUCUACUAGUGCUUCUGCCGCCCGAAACAUACAAAAUGGUGCACAUGUACUGCCCCAGUUACAGGGAGCAUCUGAUGCACCGGUUGCAAGCAGUGCUGCAAAGCCGGUUGAAUCACCUGCCACUCAGAGAAGCACCCGAGCUGUUCCGAAGGCUCCAACUUCUCAAUCUGCCACCAUGAGUUCUGAUGGUAGUUUUCCCAUAACCCCUGCAAAAGGAGAUGCAUCCAAAGCAUUCUCUUUACAAUUUGGGUCCAUAAGUCCUGGUUUCAUGAAUGGAAUGCAGAUUCCAGCACGGACUAGCUCAGCACCCCCAAAUUUGGAUGAGCAGAAACGUGAUCAGGCACGCCAUGAUUCUUCUUUUAGAUCUGUACCAAAUUUGCCUACUCCCAUCCCUAAACACCAGUUACCAAGAAAGGAUUCAGUUGCAGCUGACCAAUCUAAUUCGGGGGAGGCUCAUCCAGUGUCCAAGGUCAAAAAAGAUGCACAAGCCUCUGCGGCAUUCCCUGCAAACCAGUCACAGAAGCCAUCCCUUCUUAAUAUGCCCAUGACUUCUAUGCAGAUGCCGUUUCAUCACCAGCCCCAGGUUUCCAUGCAGUUUGGUGGGCCUAAUCAACAGAUUCAGUCUCAGAGUGUUACUGCUGCUUCAAUUCAAAUGCCGAUGCAUAUGCCAUUACCUAUGGGAAAUGCACCUCAGGUACAGCCGCAAGUCUUUGUUCCAGGUCUUCAGGCUCAUCCAUUGCCACCUCAGGGAAUGAUGCAUCAGGGUCAGGGCUUGAGUUUCACACCACCCAUGGGUGGACAGCUUGCUCCCCAGUUGGGAAUGAGCAUUGCCUCUCAGUAUUCUCAACCGCAGGGAGGGAAGUUUGGGGUUCCUCGUAAAACCACUCCUGUUAAGAUUACUCACCCAGACACGCAUGAAGAACUAAGGCUUGAUAAACGAACAGAUACAUAUUCAGAUGGUGGGUCAUCAGGUCCAAGGUCUCAUCCUAAUGUGCCUUCUCAAUCGCAGCCAAUUCCAUCCUUUUCACCUUCUCAUUCAAUUAACUAUUAUUCCAAUUCUUAUAAUACCAAUUCCAUGUUUUAUCCACCAACAAGUUCUUUGCCAUUGUCUAGUAGCCAGAUAACUCCCAAUGCCCAAGGGCCGAGAUUUAACUAUACUGUUAGCCAGGGUCAUCAAAAAAUAGCUUUCAUAAAUUCAGCGGCAGCCCAUAGUUCACCGCAAGUUAAUAAAUCUGUAAAUCUUGCACAUGGCACUUCAGAACCACCAAAUGUGGAACCUCCACGUGAUGUACACAAUGUGAAAUCCUCUGCUUCCUCAGGUACAACACAGGUGACUGUUAAGCCAUCUACUGUUUCUAUUGGAGAAAAGGUUGCAGAUUCCUCUUUGUCAAGUAGCUUGCUUGCACUUGAAAAGGUUGGGUCAAUAAAACCUUCAAUGCCAGCUAGUGAGGUUAGCUCAUCUCAGGCUCAAAGGGACUUGGAUACUUGUCAAGAGAGCUCCGUACAGCAGGCUAAACCUGGAAAUGAAUCAUUGACAUGCAAGUCAUUACCAGCAGCAUCAAAACAUUCAGGGGGAGUUCCAGCAACUAACUUGGACGAGAGCCUGCCAUCUAAUUCUGUAUCUUCUGCUCCAGCUGCUACAUCUGAGGAGUCUAUGCCAGUUGUUGCCAGUAAUGAAGGCAGGAGGAAGGAGAGUUUGGGUAGGUCAAACUCUAUGAAAGAUUAUCAGAAGAAACCAGGCAAGAAAGGACUUAUUCAGCCACAAAAUCAGUCUACGUCAACAUCCAACUUGGCUUCCCCCACUGCAGACAUUGGUAUUUCCUCAGACAGUGCAGUUUCUGAAACUGUGGAGGCUAAAACAGCUGUAGCAUCAUCAGCAGCUGCUGAUGUUUUGUCACAAUCUACCAGGGAAUUACCGUCAAUUAAUGAUGCUUCAACUUCUUACGUAGAACUGAAGACAGACAGCAAAAGAGAAGGCUUAACCUCAGUUUCAUCUGAAGUUCCUGGUACUGGCAGUAAUGUUGAUAGCUUGGACAUGGUUCAGCAUGCUAAGAUAGAUGGUUCUUCCAAGCUGGAUGAGCAACCAAAACCUGAAAUUAGUCUUGAGCUUCCUUCUCAACCAGUUCUCUUGAAACCUAUGGAGCUUAAAUCUGAUCAGGAACCUGCCUUGAAGUCUACCAACAAUGAUGUUCCAACCUCAGGAACUGCGCAGGGGGUGGUUGGUGAAGAUGUGGGGGUUAACAUAGAAAAUGAGAGAGUCACUGACAGUGUGGAUGUCUCUACCUCUGGAAUUGCUGACUCUACAGAUGUUGAAGGUUCUCAUGUUGAUUUGACUUUGAGUUCAGAUGGUUCUUCAAGUGCCACUGGUAGCAGUGAGAUCACUGUUACUAAAUCUAGUGCAUCAGACCUGCAAUCUGCUCCUGUCCCAACUCCAUAUCUCCCAGAAUCAACUUCAAAAUGUGAAGGGGAAGGUGUUCCGGUACCUGGUUCAAGGGACAAGCCUGUGCCAGAACUCAGUAGGACAAAGAGUACUUUAAUUAAAGGGAAGAAAAAAAGAAAAGAAUUUCUUCAGAAAGCAGAUGCUGCUGGGACAACUUCUGAUCUCUAUAUGGCAUAUAAAGGUCCUGAGGAAAAGAAAGAGACAGUCAUACCUUCAGCAAGUGCAGAAAGCAAUUCCAUUAGUGUUAAGCAGGCAUCUCAUGAGGCCCCUCAGGUGGAUGCCAUAGAAAGUGAGAAAAUUGGCCCGAAUAAAGCUGAACCGGAUGAUUGGGAAGACGCUGCUGACAUGUCUACACCAAAGUUAGAAACUUCAGAUAAUGGCGAAAAGGUCCAUGGAGGUUUGGUAGAUCAUGAGAAAGAUGGAAGUGGGAAUAUGGCAAAGAAGUAUUCCAGAGAUUUCCUCCUUAAGUUUGCAGAGCAGUGUACAGAUCUUCCACAGGGAUUUGAGAUUGCUUCUGAUGUUUCAGAGGCCUUCAUGACUGCUAAUGUCAAUGAUCGUGAUUCAUAUCCUAGUCCUGGAAGAGUAAUAGACAGGCAACCUAGUGGAUCUCGAUUAGAUCGCCGUGCUAGUGGAAUUUUUGAUGAUGGCAGAUGGGUUAAAUCUUAUGGCCCAGGAAGGGAUUUGCAUCUUGAUCUUGGUUAUGUUGCUGCUGCAGGUUUUCGGCCUGGCCAAGGAGCUAACUUUGGUGUUCUAAGGCAUCCACGUGCACAAACACCUAUGCCAUAUAUUGGAGGGAUCCUUGCUGGGCCAAUGCAACCUAUGGGUCCACAGGGAGGGAUGCCACGAAAUAGUCCUGAUGCUGACAGGUGGCCACGUGGUACUAACUAUCAGCAAAAGGGGUUGAUUCCUUCUCCCCAAACCCCAUUACAGAUCAUGCACAAAGCUGAAAAGAAGUAUGAAGUGGGAAGAGUGGCAGAUGAGGAAGAAGCCAAGCAGAGGCAACUGAAAGCAAUUUUGAACAAACUAACUCCCCAAAACUUUGAAAAACUCUUUGAGCAAGUAAAAGCAGUAAGCAUUGACAGUGCAGGUACACUCACUGGUGUCAUCUCACAGAUCUUUGACAAAGCUUUGAUGGAGCCUACUUUCUGUGAAAUGUAUGCGAACUUCUGUUAUCAUCUGGCAGGAGAGUUGCCUGAUUUUAGUGAGGACAAUGAAAAGAUAACGUUCAAGAGAUUGCUGCUGAACAAGUGCCAGGAGGAAUUUGAGAGAGGGGAGAGAGAGCAAGAAGAAGCUAAUAAAGUUGAGGAAGAGGGUGAGGCUAAACAGUCUGAGGAGGAAAGAGAGGAGAAGAGAAUCAAGGCACGGAGACGAAUGUUGGGUAAUAUUAGACUUAUUGGGGAGUUGUACAAGAAGAAAAUGUUAACUGAGAGAAUUAUGCAUGAAUGCAUCAAGAAAUUACUUGGUGAAUAUGAGAAUCCUGAUGAGGAAGAUGUUGAGGCUUUGUGUAAAUUAAUGAGUACGAUUGGAGACAUGAUUGACCAUUCCAAAGCGAAGGUGUAUAUGGAUGCUUAUUUUGAGAGGAUGGCAAAGUUGUCGAAAAAUAUGAAACUAUCUUCUAGGGUUAGGUUCAUGUUGAAGGAUGCUAUUGAUCUGAGAAAGAAUAAAUGGCAGCAGAGGAGGAAAGUUGAAGGGCCUAAAAAGAUCGAGGAAGUGCACAGAGAUGCUGCUCAAGAGCGACAAGCACAAGCCAGUAGGCUUGCUCGUGGUCCUGGCAUCAAUCCUGCUGCAAGAAGAGCACCUAUGGAUUUUGGUCCGCGAGGCUCUAUGUUAUCUUCCCCAGGUGCUCAGAUGGGUAGUUUCCGUGGGUUGCCGACCCAGCUCCGUGGUUUUGGGGCUCAGGAUGUUCGCAUGGAUGAAAGACAGUCUUUUGAGGCUAGGGCUUUGUCAGUUCCCCUGCCUCAAAGACCAAUUGGUGAUGAUUCUAUUACUUUGGGCCCCCAGGGUGGUCUUGCUAGAGGAAUGUCUUUUAGAGGACCAACAGCAAUGUCCAGUGCUCAAUUAGCUGAUGUUUCUCCAACUUCAGGAGAUUCAAGAAGAAUGGCUGCUGGUUUGAAUGGUUUUAGUUCUGUAUCAGAGCGUACUAGUUAUGGUUCUAGAGAGGAUCUCAUGCCAAGAUAUGUGACAGAUAGAUUUGCAGCACCAGCUGCUUAUGACCAGUUGAGUUCCCAGGAACGUGGUACGAAUUUUGGUCAUAGGGACUUGAGGAACCCAGAUCGUAGUUUUGAUAGACCUCUUGCAGCUUCACCACCUGCACGAGGCCAAACAUCAGGUGUCACUCAAAAUAUUCCUCCAGAAAAGAGCUGGCCUGAGGAGCGCCUGCGGGAUAUGUCCAUGGCAGCAAUUAAAGAAUUUUACAGCGCUAGAGACGAGAAAGAAGUUGCUUUGUGCAUCAAGGAUUUGAAUUCCCUGAGCUUCCAUCCGACAAUGAUUGCUCUGUGGGUAACAGACUCUUUUGAGAGGAAAGACAUGGAACGGGAUCUUUUGGCCAAGCUACUUGUUAAUCUGACAAGGUCUCGUGAUGGUGUGUUGAGCCAAGUUGAACUCGUUAAAGGGUUGGAAUCUGUUCUCAGUACAUUGGAGGAUGCUGUGAAUGAUGCCCCGAGAGCUGCAGAAUUUCUGGGUCGGAUUUUUGCCGAAGUCAUCAUAGAAAAUGUUAUCUCCCUGUGGGAGAUUGGACGUUUAAUAUAUGAGGGUGGAGAGGAGCCAGGGCGUCUUCUAGAAAUUGGGCUCGCUGGGGAUGUUCUAGGAAGCACCUUGGGGAUAAUUAAAACAGAAAAAGGAGAAACCUUCUUAAAUGAAAUUCGAUCAAGUUCCAAUCUGCGUUUGGAGGACUUUCGGCCACCAGAUCCUAACAGGUCAAGCAUAUUAGAAAAUUUUAUUUAGAGGAUACUGAUGCUCCUUGUAUUUCGUUAGAAGAAAUUCAUGCCUAGUGGCUCUAGGGGUACCAUGUCAAUUUGCGAAAAUAUUUUUGCGUGGGUGGGUGGGGGAUUUACAUAUGGGUUUCUUCUUGGCCAUGUUUAAAUAUUAUUUCUUGGAAAUAUUCACUGCAAUUAUGAAAGAUCAAAUUGAGCAUCCAAAGUUGGUAACUCUCUGCAGCAACUUGCCCUUUCCUUCCUAAAGCCUAUGCGGCCCCUGCAUCUUCAUCUUAUUUGUUAUUAUAUCAAAGCUCUUUGUAAUGGCAA